AUGUCGACCGCAGAACUCGCUGUUUCCUAUGCUGCCCUGAUUCUUUCCGACGAUGGACUCGAGAUCACUGCCGAUAAAUUACAGACACUCAUUAAGGCUGCUGGAAUUGUUGAUGUAGAGCCUAUAUGGUCCAACCUCUUCGCGAAGGCGCUUGAAGGCAAAGAUGUAAAGGAACUGCUACUUAACGUUGGAUCCGGCGGAGGUGCUGCUGCCGCCCCAACUUCCGGCGGGGUUUCUGCGGGCGCAGCUGUCGAGGAAGAUAAGAAAGAAGAAGAAAAGGAAGAAGAAAAAGAGGAGUCAGAUGAAGAUAUGGGCUUUGGUCUCUUUGAUUAG